UUGACUAUCUUCCCCAUUUCAGUACAGACUAAAAUCUAUGUAGAACGAAAUUCUGGUAAUUUUAAUAUAAGUGCUUAAAAGCUAAAAAAAAAACAUAUAUUGCAAAAUUAAUAAAUUUGCAAAAAAAAAAUCUUUGGCAACACCUUUUUUUCCGUUCGACUACUCAUCAUGCUCACCUCCACCUAUCAACAUGAUUACGUGGCCCCAAAUGCGAGACGCUACGAAUUUAUGAUCGGCAGUAAGGGCAAGGGUCCCAGGGACGCGAUUGGGAUUGUGGAGUGCCAGUGUGUGGACGAGACAAAGAUCAGAACGCCCGAAAUCAAGGACUGUGAUAAGGGUGUUGAAUGGACGGGGAUUGCACCAAUGGGCCGAUUGGUCGACCCACGACUAAUACCGGCGGAAAUUCCGCCGGAUCAAGCAGCGAAGAUGGCGAUAACGCCGGAUUCAGACUGUUUUGCGCUGCAACCGAAUCGUUUCCUCAAGAUUUUGCGCACCGUCUACCCAGAUCUGUACGAGCGCCUCAAAAUCAUGCCGAAGGAGGAGCUCGGACGUCGACUCGAGACCAAUCGCAUGUAUACCACCUAUCAGAUCGACUUUUGCAACCUGAACGAGUAUCCGGAAGGUAUAUACGAGAGCCUCAAGACCGAGGACGAGACAUCCAAGAUUAAUUCGAGCAAACUGCUGACCAACAAGCCGCCCUGUGCCGAAUUCCGUUCGAAUGUGAUGCAGGAACUGGAGCGCGACACUUCAGCCGGCUUCCAAGUCUCUAUUGAUGAUUGCGAGAAGAAAUACAAGCCCUUCAAGACGACCUUCGCGGACUCAACGCAGUUCGUCAACUCGGGCGACAAUUCGCACUGGAACGUGUCGUCUAAUACGUACCGGAAAUCUCCGCAAUUCACCGAAUAUAUGGACUCGAUCAGUCGCAAUGGCUGCGUGAUUAUGCGCAACAGGCUGCACGAUCACUCACGCUGCCUGCCCAACUAUUGCCGACACGAGAUUAAGUUUACGUGCAACGACAUGAAACCCUAAUCUAGAUCGCCUCUGUCCACGUUAGUGGUGGUGGUAAUCGCUACAAAAUUUUGUCGUUUACCAUGACUUUAGAGUAAAGAUCAUUAAAUGUUCAAUGUAAGCAAA